AUGGUCUUGCUCAUUGAUAUCAACUCAACACCUCCAGAAGAGGAUGAUGAUGUAGGGAGGGUUCUGGAUCUGAACUUCAGUCCACAUACUCCACAAGAACAAGAACAGGCUGCUCAGCCAGGUCACAUUCCAGACGAACAAGAACAAGAACAAGCUGCGGAGCUAGAACAGAAUCCAGAACAAGAACAAGAAGAACGUAAUUUGCAGCGGCGCCGUAAGGAUGUGCCAGAGAGAAGCAAAUUUGCCUCAUAUAUUGCAUUGAAAGCUUUAGGCAAAGAUAGACCUGUUGUGAAGGCAGAUAAAGAAAAUGUGGCUCAACUCUUGGGAAUAAGUCUUCGAUCAGUCGAGAAGACAUGGAAGAAGGCAAUGGAUCAAGAGGCGAGGAAUGAAGUGGUUGAUUUCUCCAAUAAUUGGAAGAUGUGUGGAAGAAAGAGGAGAGAGCUUAAUCUGGAUGAAAGGGUUCCUCAAGUUCCAUUGAACCAAAGGGGUACACUGAGAGCGCUGGCAAGUUCAAUCCAAUCCUUGGCAUUUGAGAGUGCACCUAAUACUCUCAAAGAACUGAUAGAAUCAGUAGAACAAGCUUACGAUGCAUAUGACGUGAAUACACUUGCCAAAGUGUAUGUCACCUUGCAGUCUGUCCUUGUGAAGAUUAUGAAAAACCAGGGUGGAAAUGCAUACAAGAUAAAGGAGGGAAACUUGCCUGACACACUAGAGGUUGAUAGCGAACUAUAUGAAGAAACCUUAAAGUUGAUAGAGGAAUACGAGAUGCAACUAAAGGAGGAAGAGAUCAAGGCUACACAAUCAAAGAAAGCAUCAAAGAUAAAAGGAAGAUCCCAAUUAAUUGUGGAUGAUGACCUAGUUAUCACAGGAAAAGAAUAUGGCACAUGGUUGGAGGACUCAUCAAGCAUUAAAAAACUUGAUCUCAUCCGGGAAAGACAAGUAAGCGAAUUUGAAGUUGCAAUACAAGAAGAGAAGCCUGAGGAGGAGAAGUGGAAGGGAAAAACCAAUAAUACAAGAGAAGCCUGA